GUUUCGUAGUUACUUUAUUUUAGAAGGGAAUGCAGUAACUGUCUUAACACAGGUGCGUUUUAACACGCGUACAUGUAUUAUUGAGUAAGCAGAAGUCUGACACGAGAUGAAUCAUUCCCCGAGUCCUUUCUGAGUGUCUACGCGGUUGUAAACGGAGUAGUUAGCCAUCCCUCAGUACGAUGCAGCCGCAAGCUCACGUCGGAACGUUUCGAACGCUCGUGGCGCCUCAUCGUCGGGUGCCCGGAGGCUGCUUGUCGUGCGUCGUGGAGGCGGCGAGCAGAGCGCUGCCGCUCACCUUCGCCCUGGCCUUCCUUCUCGCCGCCGUGUGCGCCGCCGGCCACAGCCAGCCACACCCCCUCAGGCAUGUCCGCCACAGGAAUAUCAAAAACGUCACAAUCCCUGCGGUGGAGGUGCAGGCUGUGGAGGGCCGCAGCGUGGCUUUGCCAUGCAACGUGACGCCUCCCGGCCACGACAGGGUCUACAUGGUCUUCUGGUUCCGUGACGACGAGGGCAUCCCGCUCUACAGCUUCGACGUUCGCGGGAAGCCGCUGAGCCAGGCGGCGCACUGGUCGGCGCCAGAAGUGUUUGGUUCCCGCGCCUACUUCCGCACCGUGUCCGACCCGGCGCAGUUGGUGCUCGAGCCGGUGACUCUGCGCGACGAGGGCGUCUACCGCUGCCGCGUCGACUUCCGCAACGCGCCCACCAGGUCCGCCAGAUACAACCUCACCGUCAUCGUGCUGCCAGAGACGCCGGUUAUCCUGGAUCGGUGGGGGCGGCGGCUCAACAAGACGCUGGGCCCGCUGCUGGAGGGCGACGACAUCACCCUCAACUGCCGCGUCGUCGGGGGCAAGCCGGAGCCGCGCGUGCGCUGGCUGCUGGACGGAGAGGUGCUGGACGCGGACGUCGAGCAGAACGUGGGUGACGUCAUCGAGAACCGCGUGUCGUUCCGAGGCGUGGCGCGCCGCCACCUGGGCGCCGUGUUCGCCUGCCGCGCCGACAACACGCCGCUCACCGAGCCGCGCGAGGCGGCGCUGCAGCUCGACCUGCUGCUGCCGCCGCUGGAAGUGUGGCUGAGCCAGCCGCAGGGCGCGCUGGAGGCGGGCCGCCGCUACCACGUGAGCUGCGAGGCCGCCGGGUCGCGGCCGCCCGCCGUCAUCACCUGGUACAAGGGCCGGCGCCAGCUGCGCAAGAUCAAGGAGGAGACGCGUGAGAACGCGACGCUGAGCGAGCUGAGCUUCGUGCCCGGCACCGACGAUGACGGCCGCAGCGUGACGUGCCGCGCCGAGAACCCAUCCAUCCCGGGGAGCCACCUCGACGCCACCUGGACGCUCUCCGUCGUCUUCGCGCCCAUAGUGACGCUGCGGCUGGGACCGACGCUACGAGCUGACAACAUCAAGGAGGGUGACGAUGUUUACUUCGAGUGCCACGUCAAGGCCAACCCUCCGUGGAAGAAGCUCACGUGGCUGCACAAUGACGAAGUGCUGCCACAGAACGCGUCUCCUCGCGUCAUCCACAGCAACCAGAGCCUGGCACUUCAGCAGGUCACCAGGCACAGCGCCGGACGCUACGUGUGCGUCGCGGCCAACGCCCAGGGGGAGACCGCCUCCAAUAGCUUGCUGCUGCGCGUAAAGUACACGCCGAGAUGCCGUCACGAGCGGAUCGUGGUGGUGGGCGCGUCGCGAUCGGAGACGCUGGACAUCUCGUGCCACGUGGACGCCGACCCGCCGGCGCGCGCCUUCCGCUGGAAGUUCAACAACUCGGGGGAGACGAUGGAGGUUUCUCCAGAGCGGUUCUCCAGCGCGGGCGAGGUGUCGGUGCUGCGCUACACGGUGCAGUCCGACCUCGACUACGGCUCGCUCUCCUGCUGGGCCGACAACGAGGUCGGCACGCAAGCGGCGCCCUGCGUCUUCCAGGUCGUCACCGCAGGGAAGCCUUUCCCGGCGCGGAACUGCUCGCUGUGGAACCAGACGUCGUCCUCGGUCGAGGUGGUGUGCCAGCCGGGCUUCGACGGAGGCCUCCCGCAGCACUUCGCGUUGGUGCUGCACUCUGGCGGGGGGAUUCGCUACAACCUGACGGCCGAGACUCCGGCCUUCACGCUCACCGAGCUGCAGCCCGACAUCAGCUAUUGGGUCGCCAUCUUUGCCGUCAACGCCAAAGGCCGCAGUCCUCCGGUGUUAAUCGAAGAAAUCACGCUCCGUGAUGCCGAGAGGCACGUGGCGGCCGCGGACGCGCUGUCGCUGGCGCCGCUGCUGGGGCUGUCUGGGGCUGUGCUGGUGCUGCUGGCGGCGGUGCUGCUGCUGGUGGUGCGGCGCGGGCUGGCCAGGCGCGUCUCCAGCGGCAUUUAUAUGACGCACGCUCACAAAGAAACUGCACUAAAUUUCCUUAAGCAGAAAAUGAUCUCGGGCUUCCUUGCCUCGACAGGUGCAAUCUUAGUCACAUGA